AUGGUGCUCAACGAUAUCAUCGAACAAGCGGCAAUAGACCGCACUCAGGUGAACGGGCCCACUGAAAGAGAAAGGACCCAUUUUGGAGGCGAUGAGGAGACGGAGUCGAGAGAUCAUCUCGGCUACGUUCCCGAGUACGCCUCCGAAGCAGGGUCCAUAGAGGGCAUGUCCUCUGUGUCCAGCUACGACCAUCCGCCCCUCAAGGAGCGAUUUGUCGCCGGCUGUCUCAAGUUUGUCGACAUCCUCUGCGUCUGGGACUGCUGCUGGUGCUGGGUACGGGUUCAAGAGCUAGUCGCCCUCAUCGUCUUUGACCCCUUCAUGGAGCUCUUCAUCACACUGUGCAUUGUCGUCAACACGCUCUUUAUGGCCAUCGAUCACUACCAAAUGGACAAAGACAUUGACCAAAUUCUCUUCAAUGGAAACUUGUUUUUUACCUUUAUUUUUGGCAUCGAAGCAGGCUUCAAGCUGAUAGCCCUAAGUCCAAAGUUUUAUUUUCGAGAAGGCUGGAACAUAUUUGACUUUGUCAUUGUAGUUUUGUCCCUACUUGAGCUCAGUCUUGCAUCGGUAAACUUGUCUGGCUUGUCUGUUUUGCGUUCAUUCCGUUUGCUGCGUGUUUUCAAGCUGGCCAAAUCAUGGCCCACUCUAAACUUGCUCAUCUCAAUCAUGGGUAAAACUGUCGGUGACUUGGGUAAUCUCACAUUUGUGCUGGCCAUUAUUAUCUUCAUCUUUGCCGUCAUGGGAAUGCAGCUUUUCGGCAAGUACUACACAGCCGAAAACUUCAAAGGGAAGGACAUACCUCGCUGGAACUUCUGUGAUUUCAUGCACUCCUUUAUGAUCGUCUUUCGGGUGCUCUGCGGCGAGUGGAUUGAGUCGAUGUGGGACUGCAUGCAUGUUUCGGGCAAUGUCUGUGUGCCCUUCUUCCUCACCACGGUCGUCAUUGGCAAUCUGGUGGUGCUCAAUCUCUUUCUCGCCCUUCUGCUCGCCUCUUUUGGCGCCUCCAACUUAUCGGCGCCCUCUUCCGACAGUGCCGACACUAAGAAGCUGCAGGAGGCUUUUGAUCGAUUCUCACGCGGCGGAAAGUGGGUCAAGAACAAAAUUCUUCAACUUAUGAAGUACAUACGCUCUAAAACGCGUAAUCAAAUAGGCGAUCAAACUGCCGAUCGACCACCGCACGAAGAUAUGCUCGCAGACAUGGAAAUGACCAUGAUGACCACCACCUGUCAUCACGGCGAUGUCAUCUACGUCGAUGGUGGCCUGAGCUUGAACAAAUCAAUGGCGAACAAUACCAGAGCGGUGGCAGACUCUGAGCUAGAGCUGAGACUGCUGAGAGCUUCGGCCAAUCUACGCAACGGCGGAAGUGGCGCUAAUGUGGGCAACCUCUCCAACCAAGCGCCAAUGGGAAACAAUGUGCAGGCCUCACUGGCGGUUCCAGGUGCAAACAAUGCUCAAAACGCUGUGGGCCGAUUGCCUGUCACCACAAAUGGCAAUGGCCUCAACUCGAGGGCAUCUUCCACUGUAGCCACAGCGGCGCGUCUCCCACUCUCACAGGCUCAAUCGGACAAUGGAAACGAGGAUGAAAGCGGCGAUGAAAGUGCAACGUCCAGUGAGGAGGCGGACGCCGGUGAACACGAGACAUCAGGCUCCAAUGAAGAGCUACCGGAAAGUCGAGUUCGUCGGCGGCGGCGGAGAAAGAAAGCGCUCAGCACGACUCAUUCCAGUGAUCAACUGCUCAAUUUGGAACAGCAAAGUCAGGAGGAAGGACAGCAGGGCAAUGAGGGCAAUGAGGUGCUUUCCCUGAUGGUGCCCACUGGUUUUGGCGUUGGCCAACUGUCCAGCAUGACGCCGAACAUGCAAAUGAACGGCGCCCUGGACACCUCCGCUACCAGCCUCAAUGCCAGUGGAGACAAAAUAGACACUGCCACUGCCGAUGUCAUAAUCAGCGAGUACCCUGCCGAGUGCUUUCCCGACAACAUGUACCAGUACUGCCCUUGGUGUCUGGCUGAAACUCCCUUCUGGAUCAGGUGGAAGGAAAUUCGCCUAAGAUGCUACCAGACGGUGGAGCACAAGUACUUUGAGACGCUGGUCAUUACGCUCAUUCUCAUCAGCAGCUUGGCCCUGGCUCUAGAAGACGCCAACUUUAAGAAAAACCCUGUUUUCAUGGAGUACCUUGCCAUUGUGGACAAGUUCUUUACAGUGAUUUUCUUUUUUGAAAUGCUCGUCAAGUGGCUAGCAUUUGGUUUUGUCAAAUACUUUACCAAUGCCUGGUGCUGGCUUGACUUUGUCAUUGUCAUGACAUCAAUCUUGAAUUUGUGUGUCAGCUUUCUGGGCUUGUCUAGAAUACCUGCCUUCAAGACGAUGCGGACUUUACGGGCACUGCGACCUCUGCGAGCAAUGUCCCGUCUUGAAGGGAUGCGCGUGGUCGUUAAUGCUUUAGUACAGGCCAUCCCAGCCAUCUUCAAUGUGCUGCUUGUCUGUCUCAUCUUCUGGCUCAUUUUUUCCAUCAUGGGCGUACAGUUGUUUAUGGGAAAGUUUUACCAGUGCAUUGAUCGGACAACUCGCCAAAAACUGAACUCUUCAUAUGUGCCCAACUACAAAGCUUGCAUUGCCCGAAAUCACACCAUAUGGUUUAACCCUCAAAUUAACUUUGACAAUGUUCCUAACGCAUAUCUCGCACUUUUCCAAGUGGCAACCUUCAAAGGGUGGCUAGACAUCAUGAACAAUGCCAUCGACUCGAGGCAAGACCAUCUCGACCAGCCAGAAAAGGAAGGCAACAUUUACAUGUAUCUCUACUUUGUCUUCUUCAUUAUGUUUGGUGCCUUUUUUACGCUAAAUCUGUUUAUUGGUGUGAUUAUUGACAACUUUAAUGAACAAAAGAAAAAAGCCGGCGGCUCACUAGAGAUGUUCAUGACAGAGGACCAGAAAAAGUACUACAAUGCAAUGAAGAAAAUGGGCUCCAAAAAACCUAUGAAGGCUAUUCCUCGACCAAGGUUCAAACUGCAAGCUAUUAUUUUUGAUAUAACAACAAACAAAAAGUUUGACAUGAUCAUCAUGCUUUUCAUUGCUUUGAACAUGAUCAUUAUGUCUAUGGAUCAGUACAAGCAAGAGCGAACCUUGGGAAGCAUUCUUGAAAGCCUCAACCACUUUUUCAUCGUCAUUUUUACCAGCGAGUGUUUGCUCAAAAUAUUUGCUCUCCGGUGGCACUACUUCAAGGAGCCUUGGAAUAUGUUUGAUUUUGUUGUGGUUAUUCUUUCCAUUCUGGGUGUCUUACUGAAAGACAUUAUUGCCAAAUACAUUGUGUCUCCCACUUUGCUUAGGGUGGUUCGCGUUGUCAAAGUCGGUCGAGUCUUGCGCCUGGUCAAAGGAGCUCGAGGCAUUCGAACGCUGCUCUUUGCACUGGCCAUGUCCUUGCCGGCUCUCUUCAACAUUUGUUUACUACUUUUUCUUGUCAUCUUCAUCUACGCCAUCUUUGGAAUGUCCUUCUUCAUGAACGUCAAACAACGCUACGGCAUCGAUGAGACCUUCAACUUUAGUACCUUCUUUAAGUCUUUUAUACUGCUUUUUCAAAUGUCUACUUCUGCCGGGUGGGCCGAGGUGCUGGCAGCAAUCAUGGACGACCAGGACUGUACACCGACAAGGGGCGACAAUGAAGGGGACUGUGGCAACAAGAGCAUUGCCAUUGUCUUUCUCAUCUCCUACCUCAUCAUUUCCUUCCUCAUUAUUAUCAACAUGUACAUUGCCGUCAUCUUGGAGAACUACAGCCAGGCAACUGAAGACGUGCACGAGGGUCUCACUGAUGACGACUACGACAUGUACUACGAAAUAUGGCAAAAGUUUGACCCAAAAGGAACGCAAUUCAUUUCCUAUUCGCAGUUGUCUGACUUUGUGCACACUCUAGAGGAGCCGUUGCAAAUCCCCAAGCCAAAUAAGUUCAAAUUGAUCUCUAUGGACAUUCCUAUCUGUGUGGAGGACAAGGUCUACUGCGUGGACAUUCUCGAUGCACUGACGAAAGACUUCUUUGCGCGCAAAGGUCACGUCAUCGAGGAGUCUGUUGAGCUGGCCGAAGUGGCGCCCCUGAAGAUGGGAGAGUUUGAGCACAUCAGCAGCACACUGUGGCGUCAGCGAGAGGUCCACUGUGCAAGAAUACUCCAGAAAGGCUGGCGCGACUAUGUGGCUAGCAGAAGAGCAGGUGAAACGGGGCAAAAGUUGGAUCGAAUAGAGGAAGGCGACGAAGAACAAAGUGCACCCAGUGAACGCCACGAAAUGUAA